GCGGAAUUAGCCCGGAUGACAUCAGCUUCCCAGCCCCCCGGGCGGGCCCAGCUCAUUGGCGCGGCGGCCCCUCCAGGACCCGCACAUUGUUCCCCGCCCCCGCCUCGGCCACCGCCGCCGCGGUCGCCGCCGCCACCGGGCUAUAAAAAACCGGCGGAGCCCCGAAAGGUGCGGAUGCUUAUUAUAGACCAACGCGACAUCACCGCCCGGAGCCCGGUUCUCCACUGCGGCUUUUGGGAAGGAGCUCCUCUAAGUGCAUCCACAGAGGCGUGCGCAAAGCUCCGAGGGCCGAGGGAGGGAGGGAGGACCCCGCGAGAGCUGCGACUAUCCCUCGGGGCCAUGGACUCGGACGCCAGCCUGGUGUCCAGUCGCCCGUCGUCACCAGAGCCCGAUGACCUUUUUCUGCCGGCCCGGAGCAAAGGCAGUGGCGGCAGCGGCUUCACGGGGGGCACGGUGUCCUCGUCCACGCCGAGCGACGGCCCUCCGGAGCUGAGCGCAGAGCUGCGCGGCGCCAUGGGCGCGGCGGGCGCGCACCCCGGGGACAAGCUGGGCGGCGGCGGCGGCGGCGGCUUCAAGUCAGCCUCGUCCAGCACUUCGUCGUCCGCAUCGUCGGCGGCCGCGUCGUCCACCAAGAAGGACAAGAAGCAGAUGACGGAGCCCGAGCUGCAGCAGCUACGCCUCAAGAUCAACAGCCGCGAACGCAAGCGCAUGCACGACCUCAACAUCGCCAUGGACGGGCUGCGCGAGGUCAUGCCGUACGCGCACGGCCCGUCGGUGCGCAAGCUCUCCAAGAUCGCCACGCUGCUGCUGGCGCGCAACUACAUCCUCAUGCUCACCAACUCCCUGGAGGAGAUGAAGCGACUGGUGAGCGAGAUCUACGGCGGCCACCACGCGGGCUUCCACCCGUCGGCCUGCGGCGGCCUGGCGCACUCGGCGCCCCUGCCCGCCGCCACGGCGCACCCCGCGGCCGCCGCGCACGCCGCGCACCACCCCGCGGGCGGCAGCGGGGGCGGGGGCGGCUUCCAGCACUGGGGCGGCAUGCCCUGUCCCUGCAGCAUGUGCCAGGUGCCGCCGCCGCACCACCACGUGUCGGCCAUGGGCGCCGGCAGCCUGCCGCGCCUCACCUCCGACGCCAAGUGAGCUGCCGGCCGCCUGCGCGUUCUGGCGAACGGAGGGACCCGGGGGCUGCGGGGAAGCGAGGCCUGGCCGGCACUGGGGCCCGGGAGCUCAGUUCCCAAGAUCACAGGACGUUGGGCUGGGGGUGGGGGUGGGGCGCAAUGAUGAGGACGUCAGCACUGGGGAACCGAAGCAAUUGGGGGGCGCGCACCGGACAGUGGGGAGUGACAGGGCCGUGCGCUCUGGGUGCAGCCCUCUCUGGCUUUAAACAGCGCUGCUCCGAAAGAAACCAUUGUAAAAGAAGGCUCUGCUGUGUGCACCCCUCCCGCGACCCCCCCCCCCCCCUCCCACUUCCAAAAAAAGUGAUUCUUAAAUUGGAGGUUUCUUCUAGGAUGCGGGCCGCGCGCGCUCGGCCCUGGCAGCCCUCCGUUACAUGGGGGAGGAGGAGGAGGAGGGAGGACCGCGUUGGGGACUUCCUCUCCUUCCUCCUUUCUUGGCGGGUAGGAGACUUGGGAGAAGCUGUAUUCCAGGAGCGGCCGUCAGGCCUCGCCUUCAAGGGUCGUCUCUGGCCCUCAGCCAGGGGCUACGAGCUAGCUGAAAAUUGGCACCCGGUACCAGAAGCGUUGACGGUCUCGUCCAAUGUGGGUUAAACGACAACUGUCUGAGAACUACUGCGGUUCCUGCCUGUCGCCCCUAUUGCUUUUGAGGGUGUGGUUUUGUUUUGUUUUGUUUUUUUUUUAAUAAAUCUAUGUUCCGCAUUCAACAAUACAAGCAGGCCUUCUAGAAAGUCAGACUAGAACCACUUGUGGAUUGGAAUAAUCUCAAACUGUCGACUUUGGGGGCGGUUUUUGUUUUUGUUUUUUGUUUUUGUUUUUGUUUUUGUUGUUUUCGGAUAGACUCUCCCUCCCUGCCUCCCCAUUCUUUCCGUCUGUAAGCACUAAGUGAUUUGGUUUAUUGCCCGACUGGGGGCAGUCAUUCUGAUACCCGAGGGUUUGACGGAACUCAAAGGCUGUUGCUGUGAAUGUGGUUGGAGUUACCUGGGAGUUCUGUUGGCUUUUGAGGUUUUUCUUUCUCGGGUGUGUAAAUAUAUUAUCAGUAAUGAGGCCAGUGCUGCUGCGAAGCUGUUUGCUCACGUGACUGCCAGCCCCACCGGAGUCUGAGCCUGGCCUCCUAUAUGUCGGUUUCUUUUUGCCACGUUUAACACGAAUGACAAACUCUCCCACGUGCUUCUCGCGGCCUCCGAGAACUGCCUGGGCGCCUCCCGCGCGUUGCGGUACCGGGCUUUACAGCGUCUGCCGCGUAACAUCUCUCCUCCGCUCGCGGUCCUGCAGAGUGUAUCAUCUGUUUUAUUUUUGUAAAAAGAAAAAAAAAAGUGCUAAAUAAUAUUUAUUACUUGUUUGGUUGCAAAAACGAAAUAAAUGAUCGAGUGUUGAGAUUUUAAAUAAAAGUGACAAGUCC